UGAAUGGGGUUAAGAGAGAGUAUGGAUAGCCAGUGUUACAUUACGGAGAAGUAACGAGUUGAUCCACACUCCCGACCAGCCGGUGGCGGUAAUGCACUCAUUUGCUGUUUGCUCAUCUCUAUAUAAAAAAAAAAAAGACCGAAGCAGAAGCACUCCGCAGCGCUAGAGGGCGCGCGCAGGUUUAAUCCCCUUCUUUACAUCAGAGUUUUCAAAAUGGCGGCCAGUGAAGCUUCAUGAGCACAACCGGGCUAAAGUGACAGAGCGUAAGAUGGAUAAGAAGAAAAAACAAUAUAAGGUCACAGCUUCGUCGCUGGUUGAUCUGAAAGCAGAGCUGUACAGGAAGCAGGAGGCAUUCAGGCAGGAGAAACUCACUCAGGAUGCGGGCAGUGUGGCCAAAUCACACAACCACACAAAGAAACCCAGUGUUUGGAGUAAACAGAACCAUGGAGUGACUGCACGUGCUGAAAAGGAUGUCGAGAAAACAGCAGAGGAGGAACAAAACUUAGACAAAUCAAGGCAGAAGCUGGAGGAGAAAGCACGCCUCUAUGAACAGAUGACUAAAGGAGAUUUUCCAGAUGAGGAGACGGAAAGUCUGUACCUGGUGGAUUUCACACAGAAGAUAAUCGAGCAGAAGAGAGCAGCACAGAGCAGAGAAGCGGAAACUGGAGACAGAGAUGGCGAAGGAUCGGACACGCACAUCCCCAUCCCGCCCCCACAAAGCGCUGACGAUGAAUGGGUGGACUAUGUGGAUGCGCUGGGCCGAUCAAGGAAGUGUUUAAGAAAAGAUUUACCUCAGUUUCAGAAAAUGGACCAAGAUUUACAGAGCAAGCAAGUGGUCGGAGCUGAUAGGACGUUGUUGUCUGAAGACAUGAGGCGAGAGCUGCAGAGAGAGCAGUGGGAGAGGGAGGAAGAGGAGCAGAUGAAGAGACCCGUCGGACCCGUUCACUACGAAAACAUCCGAGAUCAAGAGGCCAGAGAGCUGGGUGUUGGAUAUUACGCUUUUUCUCAAGAUGAAGACCAGCGCAAAAAGCAAAGGGAAACUCUGGAUAUGCUGAGAGAUCAGACUGCAGAGCAGCGCACUAAGCGAGAGAAUCUGAAGGAGAAGCGGAAAGCUCUGCUCGAGGCUCGACUGGAUAAAGUGCGAAUGAGGAAGAUGAAGAAAAGCAAGAUAGAUCCAGGAGCUGAGGAAGAAGAAGUUGCAGCACCUGAUGCAGCUGUUAAAGAGGAAGAGGCCGAGCCUCAGGAUGUGAUCGGCCCUCCACCUCCUUCUGAAACUGCGUUCAAAAAGGUGGAGGUUGAAAUUCAGGAAAGAAAAGACUCCAGACCCGGGAUGCCACACGUCAGAGAGUGGGACAGAGGAAAAGAGUUCUCCUGGGGUCAGUGGACCACUCGGAGACGGGAGGAGAGGGAUUCUGAGUUUGCCCCGCCCUCUUCAUACUUCGGAGCUGACAGACGAGACAGUCGUGGCAGGUCUGUUCAGGAAGGGCGGGGCAAAGCGCAAUCUGGUUUCAAAUGGUCCGAGGCGCACGGGGGAUCCGAUCAGGAUGGCACAGAAAGACGAACUCAAAACACACACACGCCUUUUACAAACCAGGCCUCGUUCUCGGAGCCUCAGCAAACGCCUGCGCACACGACACACGAUCUGGAUGCCCUUUUAUCCUUCUACAAAAACUCUGUUUAAACUUUUUCGAUUCGUGUUGCAUUUAAUCAUUGGACCGAAGUCCACCAGACUCCUCCUUUCUAAAAAAAAAUAAGAGUAGUUUUCAUUCUGUUUUAGUGGCAAGUUUAGAUGUUUUUGUUUUAGAUCUGGACCUCACUGCAAGGUUCAAAGAGAAAACAUCAGUAAAAAACGGCUUAUUUAUGUGUCAUGUAUUAUGAAAUGUCUUUCAUCUGUGAAAUAAAAAAUAAAAAGCCUCUUGAAUUUAA